CGGGAUGGGCGUCCCGCGAGUCAGCAGCACCGCGCCUUCCGAGCUCGAGCUCGGCCGAGCGAGGCGACCCCACCUGUUGAUCGUCGACGACUCGAGAGAAGCACGCCUGAGCGAAGAAACUUGGAAGCCCGAAGGUCUGGAGUCUCCAGCUGGUGUGCUGGGCAGUUCUCUAGACUACGCGGCUGCGUUGAUGCUGGCAGCCAUGGCGGCGGUGCUGCUUGCUGCUGUGGGAUACCAGUGUGCUGCUACUUGGAGAUGGAUUAUGGGCAGGGCCCGCCGUGACUCGGAAGACAGUAAUUGCGACUCGAUUUCCCGCCAAGCCGCCAUCAGGAUCAGCCACUCCCUGCCUGACUUACAGACGGAGCCAUUGAAAGAAGAAUACGUACAGGAACACAAGGACGCUGCUAAGAAGGUGCUCAGACAAACGACGCUGCCAAUCGUACCAGACCGUCAUCAGACCUUCCAACGUCAACUAUCCCAUCGGUUGGACCUGCCUUCCAUACAGUUUAGCAUCUGUAGCCUGGAACGAGCUGAUUCUUCUAUUGGACUUAUAAAGCCGGAGCUCUAUAAGAACGAGUUAGUCCGUCAGUCAUCUACAGACAGUGGAGAUUUGGAAUUUUGCGGCAAGCUUCACUUUGCACUCAAGUAUGAUUCGGAGGUUGAAGCCUUGGUUGUGAAGAUAUUCGAAGCCCGAGACCUGCCCAUCAAAGAUGUGACAGGCAGCAGUGACCCCUACAUCAAGGUGUUCUUACUCCCCGAUCGCAAGAAAAAAUUCCAAACCAAAGUCCAUCGGAAGAACUUAAACCCGGUGUUCAAUGAAACCUUCUUAUUCAGUGUGGGUUACGAGGAACUCCGACAACGUUACCUCCAGUUCUCAGUAUACGAUUUCGACCGCUUCAGCCGGCACGAUCUCAUCGGCCAUGUUGUUCUCAAGGGCUUACUUGAGUCGGCUGAUCUUACGCAGGAGAUUGAGUAUACUAUGAAUAUCUUGGCCCCGCCUCAGGAGAAGAAAGACCUAGGCGAGUUGAUGCUCUCACUAUGUUACCUGCCGACCGCUGGCCGCCUCACAGUGACCGUCAUUAAGGGAAGGAACCUUAAGGCCAUGGAUAUUAAUGGAUCUUCUGAUCCCUACGUGAAGAUCUGCCUGAUUUGUCAAGGGAAGCGUAUCAAGAAAAAGAAGACUACCGUCAAAAAGAACACUUUGAAUCCGGUUUACAAUGAAGCGCUAGUUUUCGAUCUACCCGCAGAAAAUGUUUAUGACGUCACAUUACUCGUCAAGGUCAUCGAUUAUGAUUUAAUCGGUCAAAACGAGCUUAUCGGUUGCACCGCAAUCGGCUCGAACAUGAUCGGCAUAGGCCGCGAGCACUGGCUGGAGAUGCUCGACAACGCGCGCAAGCCGGUCGCGCAGUGGUACCCGCUCACCAAGAGCCCGCCCGCGCCCGCCGCGCCGCGCGACCCAACCUUCGGCUGCCUCAGCGGCAGAUGAAGAGAUCAAGCAAGAAAAAUAUUGGGAGAAAUCUGAAAUUUCAAGGAAUUGAGGACAUCAGGUAAUCUCGAGAUGCCAAAGAUUUAUAAGUAGACGAUAGAAACGGUUGUAUGUCCAUUUACUGUAGAGAUACAAGAUAAGUGAUAUUCAGUAGAAGUGUAUAUUUUAGAGCGUUGAUGUAGAAAAUGAAUUUAUCCCUUAGAUUUCUUGUUUGUGUACCCGUAUAUUUUGGUGUAUGUAGCCGUGUUAGAUAAUCAUUGUCAUCGUCAUUUCUAUUCUAUCGGUUUAUGUGGAAUAACUCUUUUUUGAAAAUACUAACUUCAAUAUAAAAAAUGUACUUUGUAUUGUUCUUUGAUGGUGGCAUUCAAUACCAUUAAAAAAAUAAAGAUGAAACUAUAACAAAAUAAAUAUGAAAAUUCUAUAACCUACACUUUUUCGUUUAACAAUGUAUUUUAUAUAAAAACACAAGUAUAACAACUUCUGAGUUAUUCCAAUUUUCGAACCUGUUCCUUGACGUGACAUAUCUUUCAUCCUCUCUAUAUCUUUGUAACUCUUUACAAACGCACACUUCAAUUCAAGACUUGUCAUGUACAUAUAUCUUUAAAUAGAUGGUAAAGUUGUUGUCUAUUACUUAAUAUAGAAAUAGAGUUAAAAUAUAUUAAUCAUAUCAAGCGUUUAUAAAUCUCAUGAUAAUAUUGUGUAGCAAAAAUUAUCUUUUCCAUUAUUUCCGCACAAUUUUGUCUGGUAGAAACCGCUGAUCGGCGAAGACCUUCAUAUCUAUAGAAUACGCUGUUGAAACGGUGAAUGUUUGACAUUCUUUACGUCUGACAAUAAGUAGAUGGAUUUUUGCAAAUUAAAUACUUAAAUAAAAAAAGUAAUUUUUGUUACGUUAGCUGCGCCGUUGUAAACGACAUUAAAUGCAAAUAAAGCUUUAAUAUAAUAUUAUUGUACUUAUAUGUAUUUACUAUUUACUAUAUGAUACUCAAUUGAUAUUGUAAGUUAAUGUGUAAAUCUAUCUGUAUUCUAUACUGUAAUAAUAUUGUCUUUAAAUUUAUAAUAUAUACUUCACACUACGUCAUUACACUUAGAGUGCAGAGGCCACCUUAAUGGCAUUCCGCAUUCUCUACCAGCCAAUCUGUUGCAGAGUAGGUAACAACUAUGUCAUUCGUUGUUCUAACCUUAUAAUGAUAAGCAUACAAACAAAAUUCAAUAAUAUUGUCUUUUAUGACAUUUUUCAAUCAUAAUAACAACUUCAAGUUAAGAGUUGGUUUUCGUUUAAUAUAUUUCGUAGCUUUCAUUUACU